CAAUUUACAGACACCCUGGUCCGCCGAACACGGGAUAGAAACCCACAUUGUAAUAUUAAUAUUCUAACCACUUCGGUGCCACCAACCUCUGAUGCCCUCUUCCGACGACUCUUUCACUUCUAGCAAUACAUACAAAGACUUUUAUUUCCUUACCAUAAUCAUAGAUCACCAAGAUCCAAACUUUCUUUACAUUUUAGGGCUUUAAAAAGAUACCCAUUUUCUCCAUUUCUUUUGUUGCCUUUUUUCUUUAUUGUUUAAAAAACAAGUUUGAGUAAUCUUUACUCCAUGCUAUAAAAAAAAAAGGGUAUAUUGUGUGUUGAAAGUAAAGAGAAAAUGGCGGGUCGUAGGGAGAAAUAUGGUCAAUCUAUAAGAGGAUCUCGAAUUGCUGGAGCAAUUGCAAUUGGUGUAUUUUUGGGAUGUGUGUUUGCUUUCUUGUAUCCAAAUGGAUUCUUUUCUCCUGAUCCAAAGCCUCAAAGUCGUCCUCUUUCUAAAUCUAAUCUUCAGGUUGACUCAUCCAAUUGUGAAUCCACAGAGAAGGUAAACAUGAUGAAAUCCGAAAAUAGGAGGUUGUCUGAGAAGAAUGCGGAAUUGCAAAAGCAGGUAAGAGAGCUAAAUCAAAAACUUCAUGUGGCUGAGCAAGGAAACGGUCGUGCGCAGGAGCAACAACUGGUGGUGUCGAGUCAACCUCAGAAAGCUGGGCCUUUUGGAACUGUCAAAAGUUUAAGAACUACCCCUCCUGUUUUGCCUGACGAGUCGGUAAACCCUAGAUUAGCAAAGCUCUUAUCAGAGAUUGCAGUUAACAAAGAGGUCAUAGUUGCAGUUGCCAAUUCAAAUGUGAAAUCCAUGUUGGAGGUUUGGUUCAACAGUAUUAAAAAAGUGGGUAUUCCCAAUUAUCUGGUUGUGGCUUUGGAUGACGAAAUAGUGGAUUUCUGCAAGGAAAAUGAUGUCCCGCUUUAUAAAAGAGACCCUGAUGAGAAUGUUGAUUUUAUUGGAAAAAGUGGAGGCAACCAUGCUGUCUCAGGGUUGAAGUUUCGAAUUUUGAGGGAGUUUUUGCAACUUGGUUAUGGUGUCCUUCUUUCUGAUGUCGAUAUUGUGUAUUUGCAAAAUCCGUUUGAUCAUUUAUAUCGGGAUUCAGAUGUUGAGUCAAUGUCAGAUGGUCACAAUAAUAUGACGGCUUAUGGUUAUAAUGAUGUUUUUGAUGAACCUUCAAUGGGUUGGGCUCGAUAUGCACAUACAAUGAGGAUAUGGGUUUAUAAUUCUGGGUUCUUUUAUAUCCGCCCAACUAUUCCUUCAAUUGAGCUCUUAGAUCGGGUUGCUGAUCGGCUUACUAAACAGCCAAAUUCAUGGGACCAGGCAGUUUUCAAUGAAGAAUUGGCCUUUCCAUCACAUCCUGGGUAUAUUGGCCUUUAUGCUUCCAGGAGAACAAUGGAUAUCUAUCAGUUCAUGAAUAGCAAGGUCCUAUUCAAGACCGUGAGAAAAGACGCUAAUCUGAAGAAGCUGAAACCGGUUGUAGUUCAUGUAAACUAUCACCCGGACAAGUUUCCUAGAAUGAAAGCAGUUGUUGAGUACUAUCUCAAUGGCAAGCAGGAUGCUCUCGAUGCAUUCCCAGAUGGUUCAGUAUAGGCCAGCGAUAUUCUCUGUCUUGCUAUUUGUCUUUUCAUACAGGUAGGCUCAGUUGAUUCCCCCUUUUGGAUCAAUGUGUAAUACCGACCUCUUAUCAACUACAUUCAGAACUUGUAUCUUUUUUACCACAGUAGUAGUUUUGCCCGGAACGGGAUUUGUUCCUUUCUUA